CCAGAAGACUCCCGACGCGCCUGCGUCUGCGCCUCCGCCCCCACCCGCUGUCUGAAGGUCAGGACGUUGUCACUUCCGGUGGACAGUUCACUGCGUCCGGGUUAGCUGCUGCUGCCGCCGCCGAGCUACUGCUGCGGCUGGGGGACCGGGCAGGCAUCUUUACGGCAGACCGAGGGGAGCGGGCUCCACUCGGCGCCGCCUUCUGCGACCUGGCAGUCAGCCCGACGUCGCCGGCCUGGAGGGACACAGAGGACGAGGAGGCCAAGGCUUCCUCCGGGGACAUUGGCUCUCUGGAUUAUCAGGAGUUUGUAGUUGACAUUGAGUCCAAGCUAAGGAUGGAAGGUGUGGAACUUAAAGAAGAAUGGCAAGACGAAGACUUUCCAAUACCUUUACCAGAAGAUGAUAGUAUUGAAGCAGAUACACUAGCUAUAACUGGACCAGAGAGCCGGCCUGGUUCACUAGAGGUUGAUGAACAUAAAGUGAGAAAGAAAUUGAUGGCUCCAGACAUCAGCCUGACACUGGAUCCUAGUGAUGGCUCUGUUUUGUCAGAUGAUUUAGAUGAAAGUGGGGAGAUUGACUUAGAUGGCUUAGACACACCCUCAGAGAACAGUAAUGAGUUUGAGUGGGAAGAUGAUCUUCCAAAACCCAAAACCACUGAGUUAAUUAGGAAAGGCUCAAUUACUGAAUAUACAGCAGCAGAGGAAAAAGAAGAUGGACGACGCUGGCGUAUGUUCAGGAUUGGAGAACAGGACCACAGGGUUGAUAUGAAGGCAAUUGAACCCUAUAAAAAAGUUAUCAGCCAUGGAGGAUAUUAUGGGGAUGGACUGAACGCCAUUGUUGUAUUUGCUGUUUGUUUUAUGCCUGAAAGUGGUCAGCCUAACUAUAGAUACCUGAUGGACAAUCUUUUUAAAUAUGUUAUUGGCACUUUGGAGUUACUAGUGGCAGAAAACUACAUGAUAGUUUAUUUAAAUGGUGCAACUACUCGAAGAAAAAUGCCCAGUCUGGGAUGGCUCAGGAAAUGUUAUCAGCAAAUUGAUAGAAGGUUACGAAAAAAUCUAAAAUCUCUAAUCAUUGUACAUCCCUCUUGGUUUAUCAGAACACUUCUGGCUGUUACCAGACCAUUUAUUAGCUCAAAAUUCAGCCAAAAAAUUAGAUACGUCUUUAACUUGGCAGAACUAGCGGAACUGGUCCCCAUGGAAUACGUUGGCAUACCAGAAUGCAUAAAACAGUAUGAAGAAGAAAAGUUAAAAAAGAAACAAAAAAGAGUUGAUCAAGAGCUUAAUGGAAAACAAGAUGAACCAAAAAGUGAACAGUAAGUUUGGCAUCUAGUCCAAACCAGACUGAAGAAUGUGCUGAUGAAGCAAGGCUUUUUUUGCAUUUAUAAUGCAUUUAUUGCCCCAUAUUUUUUAUGUAAUCUGUUACAAAAUUGACUUAACUUCUCCUUAAUGGACUUUUGUACAAGGGACUGUUCACUGCUAUAUUAUUGGUUUGCAAGUUAUCUUGAAUUUAGUUCUUUAAUAGCUAACGACAUUGUAUCAUUUUAUAUUUUAUAUUGCUAAAUAGCAGAGAACCACACUUUAUAUAAAGCAGUUUUUCAUUUGUUUAUUAAAUGAUGCAUCAUCUUCAGUAAAAAUAUUUAUACACAUAAAUGGGAAAGGGAAGAAAUAAUAUAUUUUUAUGGUUUUGAGCAAUAUUUUUUAAUGUGUACCUGUCUGUGGAAAAAUGUGCAGGUAAAUCAGACCAUGAUUUUGUAAAGAUGUGUUUUAGAAUUUUUGUUUUUGUAAAUGGUUAAAUACAUUUCCUGGGUAACUUAGAAAAUUAAGUUGCUCGUAAAGCGAGGGACAGUUAAACUGAUUCCCAUAAAUACCCAAAGAUCAUGUAUAUAAUCUAAGUAGAUUAGUUCUGUCACAAGCUUCUUUCUCACUUAUGUAUUAACUCAGAACUGCAUUGUACGCUUUUUCCUUUUUAAACUUAAAGAUAAGUCAAAAAGCCAUUUUUAGAACUAGAGAAUUUAAGAGGGUAGAAAUUAGGGGUUAUAUAUAUGUAUAUAUGGGACAUUUUAUCUUCUGGCCCAAAGUCAGAGCUUGUAUAAAAAUCUUGAGUUUGUUCACUAAUGUGAAAUAAGCUGUGUGUCCAGGGUAUUGCUCCUCUGAAUGCAAGUGCUAUAUAGUAUUGCAGAGAAUGUGAUGAGUUCUUUACUGUCACAACUUUGUAGCAAACAGGGGCUGCUUCAUAAACUGUUCUCACUAUGGGCACUUUACCAAAAUACUUCCAUGUUUGUUAUUUUGACUUAAUAGUUGUUUGAUCUAUUCAGAUAUGGUAUGUUUUCAGGUUUCUAUUGAAUCCUGUUUCACAAUACUUCAAAUUAGGUUAAUUUUGUAAGUCUUUACAUCAUUAUAUUGUGCCGUUUUGGAUGACACAUGAUAUAAACAUAUAAACUCUUUGUUUCAUUUGUUGGAUACCUUUACAUUUAAAUAAAUUAUAUUUGUGUGUCC